AUGCGGUCGUUAUUACUUUCUUCGCUUUGCGCCCUUCUCAUUGCGCUCCAGCCCGUUGUGGCCGUCUGGCCGAUACCCAAAAAGUUCAAGACGGGCAAUACUACCUUGUUUCUACAUCAAAAUCUGGAGAUCAAGUAUAAUGACAAUCUUACGCAGUACACGUUCGGCUACGAGGCUGCCACUUUCGACAGCCACGACAUCGUCCGGGCUGGUGUAUCCCGGGCACUCUCUACUCUCUUCGGAGAGCAGUUUGUUCCAUGGAUGCUGCACAAGCCUGGCGACAAGUUUGAGCCUGACGUGAAUGGGAACCUGAAGUGGAUCAAAAUGCUUGAGAUCACGCAGACAGGCAAGGACGACAGCGAGAAAAUAUUAAAACCUAAGGCCGGAGAAGUGGACGAGUCAUAUAAUUUGACUUUGAGUGCGGACGGAGAAGUCAAGUUGACGGCUGUUUCGUCAAUCGGCGUACUCCGCGGCCUUGAGACCUUCAUCCAGCUCUUUUACCAACACUCAGCCGGCACUUUUUGGUACACGCCGUACGCCCCAGUGGAGAUCGAAGACGAGCCAAAGUUUGACCAUCGGGGCCUGUUGAUCGAUACAUCUCGUCAUUUCUUCCCCGUCGAUCAUAUCCUGCGCACUAUCGAUGCCCUGGCAUGGAACAAGAUGAACAGGUUACACUUCCAUGUCACCGAUUCACAAUCGUGGCCGCUCGAGAUUCCCAGUAUGCCGGAGUUACACAAAAAGGGUGCCCAUCACCCAGCAUUUACUUAUUCUCCAACCGACGUUGAUAGGAUCUUCAAGUACGGUGCUAUGCGUGGUGUCCAAGUCUACUUCGAGAUCGAUAUGCCCGGCCACAUCGGUUCCGUCGCUCUCAGCCACCCAGAGCUCAUUACGGCAUGGAAUGCCAGGCCAUAUGAUGCUUAUUGCGCUCAGCCGCCUUGCGGUAACUUUAAGCUCAACAGCACGAAAGUCGACGAGUUUGUUAAAAGGCUGUUUGACGACCUCUUUCCAAGGAUUUCGAAAUACACCAGCUACUUCCACACGGGCGGUGACGAAAUCAAAUACAAGGCCUAUACGUUGGAUGACACUGUAAAGUCUGACAAGGAGGACGUUUUGAAACCACUUUUGCAGAAGUUCUUUGACAAGAGUCAUAAACAAGUCCGCGAUGCUAAGCUCACACCGAUUGUCUGGGAGGAGUCGGUUGAGAAAUAUAACCUUGCGUUGGAGAAAGAUGUGAUCGUGCAAACGUGGACGGGGGAUGGGAAAGUACAGAACGUGACAAGCAAAGGAUACGGGGUAAUUGACAGCAAUGUGAACUACUGGUACCUCGACUGCGGCCGCGGCCAGUGGGUCCUCUUUGACAACAAUGAGUACGCUAGGGGCUGGCCAUUUAAUGACUGGUGUGGUCCCACAAAGUCAUGGCAGCGCAUCUACUCUCAUGAUCCAAGGGCAAAUCUCACAGCCGAACAAGCGAAGCUGGUGCUCGGCGGUGAGGUCGCAGCCUGGAGCGAGACGAUCGAUCCAUUGAACUUUGACCCUCUCGUCUGGCCCCGAGCCAGUGCCGCCGGCGAAGCGCUCUGGUCUGGAAACAAGUUGGAGUCAGGACAAAACCGCAGCCAGCUGGAGGUUGCCCCACGGUUGUUCGAAUGGCGCGAGCGCAUGGUGGCAAGAGGCAUCAGGGCAGCACCGCUCACACAGCUGUUCUGCACCCAGCGCAGUCCUGAAGAAUGUCUGUGGGAAAACCCGAAUUAG